AUGGUGGACGCAAAGCUCCAGGAGCUCAUCUCCAAGCCCCGCGCGGAGUUGACCGAAUAUGAAGUCGCGCAAGUUGAGGAACACGAACUCACGACCGGUCCCCUCUCAAUCUUGCAAACAGCUGUUCGCACGCGUACUCAAGUCCUCAUUUCCUGCCGCAACAACCGCAAGCUACUCGCCCGCGUAAAAGCCUUCGACCGUCACUGCAAUAUGGUCCUGGAGAAUGCAAAAGAGAUGUGGACGGAGACACCCCGAUUGGCAAAUGGACAGCUCGGUCGCAAGGUCAACAAGGACAGAUUCAUCAGCAAGAUGUUCUUGCGCGGCGAUUCCGUCAUCCUCGUUCUUCUCAGUUAA